UGAUUCGGAUGCCUCCCGGGCGCCUCCCCGGUGAGGUUUUCUAGGCAUGUCCCACCGGAAGGAGACCCCGGGGACGACCCAGGACAGGCUGGAGAGGCUACGUCUUUCGGCUGGCCUGGGAACGCCUCGGGAUCCCCCGGGAAGCGCUGGAUGAAGUGGCUGGGUAGAGGGAAGUCUUGGCGUCCCUGCUAAAGCUACUGCCCCCGCGACCCCACAUCGGAUAAGCGGUAGAAAAUCGAUGGAUGGAUGCAUUGUAGGUUAAUUGAAGAGACUAAAUUUUCCGUCGUUGUGAGUGCGAAUGAUUGUCUAUUUUGUGCCCUCCGAUUGGCUGGCGACCUGUUCAGGGUGUAUCCCGCCUCUCGCCCGAAGGCAGUUGGGAUAGGCUCCAGCACGCCCGCGACCCUAGUGAGGAUAAGCGAUACACAAAAUUGACGAAUGGAUGGAUGGUCCAGUAACCACAUCAUGUUUUCAGUAUUGCAACAAUAUUUUCUAUAGUCUUUUUGUUAAUUUUGCACAAACAUUCCUUCCUACCUGUACGUCUGAGUUGCAGGAGAGCCAGUACUCAACUGUGUGCAUGAUAUGAGAGCCAAGAGGAGAGUGGUUGGAGGGGCAAGGGGCACACUUCUCUUAAGGAGAUGUAAAGUUCCGUCCGAACUUCCGCUGGAGCUUUUUCUUUUGUGUCUGCUAUACUAACAUUGUCAUUAACUACCAGAGGACUGUAUUUUCUCAGUUAAGGAUGUUUCAUACCAGAAGAGUUACUGGCUUGUUACUGAAAGGAAAGUAAAAAAACGGCUUCCGGAAAUGGCCCAAAAAAUCCUGUCCUAGCCCAUACCAGCCGUUGCGCCACCACCGACGUGGAGAUUAACUGCAGUACAUUUUCAAAAUUGGGUGGGUUGCGCUCAACUAUAAAGGCAAACUAAACGCCGGAUAGCCGCAGUGACGUCAGCGCGGCCACCGUCCGCGCGAGUAUAAAGAAGCCUUAAGACUCAAGCCUGAAUCAAAGAUACUACGUGUGUGCCUGGAGAAGACCUAUCCUAACAGACUCAAAUAAAUACCCAUCAGAUAUCAGAACACUUUUAGAUGGAAUUGAUGACAGAGGGUAUUUUGUUGCUUUAAUAUUGAUGCAUAAAGAAAGAAAAAGGGUUCCAGGCAAAAGGGCACUUUUCUCAUCCAGGGCAAAAGGGCUAAUGCCGUAGCACCAUUCGGGGGUUUUCUAUGCACAUACCUGUUCAUUAGACAAAACAAUUCCAUGGCUUUAUUUUCUAAUGUAGAGGCCAGUAAUUUAUCUUAUUGUGGCAGACACAAGGAAGAAAGAGGCAGAGGUGUGUCUGCUGUCCCAAGAUCAUGCAUGUACUCACGUGUACAUGACGCCGAGUUGGGCGGGCGAGCAGCAGGUAGAGUUGGCUGGUGCCCGAAAUUCCUGCUGCACUGACUCACAAGGGCUGAUCCUUAUCUUGUGUGUGCGCAAUUACCACCCCCCCCAACACACACACACACAUGCAUGCGCACACACACACACAGAGGAGGGAUCAGUGUAUUGUAUGAUUGCACAAACCCUUCCCCCUCCUUUAGAUCUCUCUCUCUCUCUCUCUCUCUCUCUCUCUCUCGCUCUCUCUCUCUCUCUCUCUCUCUCUCCCUCAACACCCACACAAACACACACACCGUCAGCAGCAGGACGAUUAGCCAUGCAGAGAUAUACAUUCACAGAAUAAAAGAUGAGAAGGAGGACGCUGUGCUAGGGAGUUUGCCUCUGCUCAGUUUCCGGAUUGGAGGAGUGCAGCCUUUGGAUAACGUCACUCGCAAGUUUGCCUUUAAGGUGUGGUUGGAAGAGGCAGAGGAACAGCAAGAGAAUGGGGAGUUGAAAGCUCCUGUUGUGUUUUGCGUACAGGCGGAACAUGCUGGAACCAGAACAUAUUACUUCAGUACAGACAGCUAUGAAGAGCAGAAGGAGUGGAUCACAGCCAUGAGUGAGGCUGCAGAGGUCAACGUUCAUCCAUCACAGAGAUCAACCAGGGCUGUCACAGCUGACCAGGCCAUGGUUACUAGAGACACUGACCUGCAAAUAGAACUGAAACAACAGACAGAACCUAACGAAAAUGACAUUACAGUAGACACGUUGGAAACACCCCCAUUGUCAACCCCUUGCUCUGAUCAUGGCACAGUUCAUAAGAAUGGGAGACACAGAGAUGGUGGAGGAAAAACUGAAGAUGAAGGUGGAGGGCCUGGUUGUGGCAAUGCUCAAACAAACCAGAAUCCAAAUGGUUGGAGCAAUCAUUUCCCCCCCGGCUCCAAGCCCCAAAACUACAACAGCAAACCUGCUCAGUCCCAAAGUCACAGCACUUGUACACCUCAAAGACAACCAGAAAGAGUUGUCAACCCACCAAAAGACUUAAGGGAACAGCACCACAAUGUUGUGCUGAGGAGGGGUUUUGUUCCCAGAACUGCCCCUGAGAGAGCGGCCCAAAGGAAAAGCUCAAUGGCACAGCUGCAGCAUUGGGUCAACCAGCGGCGGGUCAUGGUGUCCCAGGAGGACAUCAACAGUCCAUGCCAUUAUUACCCAGCGAGUCAAGGGUUGAACUACUAUGGCUACGCUAGUGGCCCCCACUAUUUGGAGGAGUACCCGCUGUACCCACCAGGAGUCCGGCCUGAUAGCAUUUGCUCUGUCUCUGCCGUGGGGGGCUAUGACAACCGCUGGGCUAUUGAGGAAAAGCGACGCUCAUUGAGGGAUGGGCCUCACCAGUUGUACGGUCCGCCCACCCCUAGGGACUCAUGGGGACCACAGUACUACAGUGGAGUUGAGAAGUCUAUGAGACGUCUUUCCAUCCAGCCGCGUUCCAGGUCUGUGCCCAGGUCACCAUCCUUGUCCUCUCGGGGGGCCUACUCACCAGUGUCAAAUAACUUUGCCUCACCGGCUCAAUCACCAUCUGCACAUUUUGACCGUUUUUCGGGGAGGAUGAGGGAUGACGUGAUCUAUGCUGAUCCGUCUGUCUAUAACCUAAGGAGAUCACUCAGCUCGCCAAAGUAUGACUACUCUGGUGAUAGGAGGUCCAUAAAUCAAGGAUUAUACCACCACAACUACCCUGUUUCCCCUUCCAUCCACAAUAAAAUGGACGACAUAUUAGAUCUCCAGCUCCAACGCAACUUGGAUUAUUUAGACCAGCAGGUGCUGGAGGGAAGCCGGUUAAUUGGUAUGGUUACCCGAAGGGCGGAGAGGUCCUCCUCUGCAGCAAAGCUCUGUAUACAAGUGCCUCCUUUCCAUGAUGUCUACAGAGAGUUACACCCAACACUGAAGCUAAAUGAAAUUGAAACAAGUAAACUCUUGGGGCGGCUGUGUGAGCAAAAUCACAUUGUGAAAGAUCACGAAGCAGUGGUCCACAGACUGCGAAUGGACAAGGACAGCCUCGAGGAGGCAUUGGUGGCUACCCAUCAGGAGAUGGAGAAGUACCAUAACCAGCCUGUGGCCGUGGAAAAGCUACAUAUCAAAAAGGAAACCCUCCAAAACCAGCUAAUCAACAUCAGAGGGGAGCUUUCCCAGGCCUCAAAUGCUUUAACUACCACUCGUAUGGAAUUUGAAGCAUUAGAGGAUGAGGCCCAUGCCAUUCACGGAGAUCUAUGGGAACAACUUAAUGGCGGCUUGCAGAGUGAAUUGGUUCGAAGGCACAUCCAGAAAGAGUUUUGGAGAGUCCAGGAUAUAUUAGAGGGCCUACACAAGAAUCACUCAUCCAGAGGCACUGAUACAGCAAAGCACAGAGUGGCCAGUGGUGCUUCAGGCUCCUUUAGCACCAAUAGUCCAGCCAGUCCCCUCAGCUCAGUAAGCCUCACCAGUCCUCUCAGCCCCUACUCCCCAGUGCCCGGCUCCCAGGUCUCCCCCUCUAAACACCUGGGCCCGGAGGAAAGUGCACCCCCAAGGCCCCCCCUCCCCAAGUCCUAUUUCGCUUUGGAACCUUCUACUUCCUUUCCCCCCUCUAUUCCCCCCUUGCCCUUUGACAGCACCAUCUGGCUACACAGCUUGGGAAUCGAUGAUGGUUUCUUUGAUGUUGAAGAUUCUCACAUCAGAAAGAUUAAGUUCGGAGAACAGAAUAAUAUUGGUGCUCCACAAGACCAAGGCCCAGAAAGGCAAUCCACCAUGAAUAAAGUUGGCAUUGUCCCUCCAAGAACCAAGUCACCUGCUGACGAUUCACCUAGCUGGUCUGCUAGAGUUUCCCAUCAUAAUGGGAGAAUGCCUAAUGGGAUUGCUAGGGAGCGUCCAAAGAGUGCUGUGUUUCCAUCUGAGCUUAGGUCCAAGAUGAGUGUGGAGGAACAAAACGAAAGGAUCCGUCGCAACCAGAGCACCUCUGUACGGGACAAAAGAAGGAGUCUUAAUCUUUCAGGCGGGCAGUCUCCAGCGAGCUACAGAGUGAUUCGACGGCGGCAAACGGCUCAUGAGAUUGACAUCAAGGAUUUAGAGGCAGCAGUCAGAGGACAGGGACUGGAGUCACCUCGUGAGGAAAUCGCCCGUUUGAGACGGUUACAGAUUGAACCCGAACACUAUGACCUUGACAUUAACAAAGAGCUAAUGGCUCCUGACAAGGUUGUUAUCCCAGAGCGCUACUUGGAUAUGGAAGAUAACACCCCUCUGAGCCCCGAGGAGCAGAAGGAAAAGCAGAAGAAACUCGAGCGGAUCAAGACCUUAAUUGCCAAAUCCAAUCUGCAAAAUGUGGUUCCUGUCCUGGAUGGCCCCGUAGAGGGCGGAGCCUCAGUCAAUUCCCAGCAGCAAUUGCAGGAGCAGCAGAAGCGCAUUGAGAUCUCCUGCGCGCUGGCUGCUGAAGCCUCUCGUCGCAGCCGCCUUCUCUCGGCCCAGUGUGCCCCAGAACCCCCCACAUCCCCAACCAGCCUGCACCCUCCCCCUUCCUCUGCUGACUUCCCCACCUCCUCAUUAUGAAUGCCUGAAUAGGACCAGCUCAAGCCCUGUCUGCUGUCAAGUUUGAUGGAGCAUCUUUUUGAGGACUUACUGUGUGAAAUUGACAAUGCUGAUUUACCUCAAACAAAGUGACAUGAACUUUUUAAAGCACCUGAUCCAACAAAAUCAAGGCGAGUUGUCGGCAUCCCAGCGAGGAAACAGAGCAUCUCCACUUGGAAGAAAGCGACACAGACUAAAAGAUCAACUCCGCAACAUUCAAUUCAUCCUGUGCUGUAACCUACAACCCAGUGGCCAGUAUCUACUGUAUAUUUCCUACCAAGUGUAAUAUAUCUCGUGCUUCAAAACAUGUAAUACGCCAACAUAAUUUAGCUCAGGACAAAGUAGAGAUUACUGAUGGACUGUGAAUGAAAGUAAGAUUCUUGGAUUCUUGACCAAUUUUCAUUUAAAGCAAGGUAAUAAUAACCUGUUGUAGGUUUUAAAGAGCUCACUGACAACGUGGCACCUUCAAUGAGAACACACCAGUGCUUUCAAUCCCAAUGAGUUUCCAUUGAGGUUGGGUAUUGAACCACGAUGACAGUCAUGGGAACAUUGACUCCUGACUGGACAAAAAGCCUUUUAGUCAGUCUGAAAAAAUAAAAUACUCUCCUAAACUCGGGCGAUACCUGAUCCAAUCCCAUCCUAACAUUUUAAAGCUAAUUAAUAAUAAUUUUUAAAAAAAUUCCAUUUAUACGAAGCCUUUCAAGAGACCCAAAGACAUUUAACAUGAAUUUUUCUGGGCAACAUGUUUACCUGUAGCGUUGGCUUGGAUAAUAGGAUUGGGCUGCACAUACUGUAUAUACACAGUAAUUGCACUAUGCUCUUUGUCUCCUUGGGGAAAAAAGAACAAAAAAAAAAUAAUGUUUGCAUUUCUGUUUCGACCAAAAAUAUUUGAAAAAAAACGUGCACGGAAAUGAAACAGUUAUGUGUUCCAGAUACACGAACUUUAGACCACAACUCUGUCCAAAAAGCAAGCCUUUGUCAAUGGUUGUCAUUUCCAUAAGCCAAAUCAUAACAAGGCAAAAAGGAUGAGAUCAAGGCAAUAUUUCAAAGCCUGAAACAAAAACAAACAAACAAAAACUCACCUGGGCCUCAUGUGCAGCUCAUCCACAUAUUUAUUAAAACAUAUAUUACAUACGUUUAAUAUUGCUCAAGAAAUUAACCCAGUGAUUGUAUACACAUCUACUGUAUGUUUAGAAUGUUUGGUAUCUGUUUAAUAGUAGCAGGGAACACAAGUUCAGUGAAAAUAGAAGUGACCUUAGAGGUGGAACUCAAAAAUUGUCUGUGGGGAGUUAGCUAGGAGGAAAUACAGUCGCUACGAAAUACUUUCUCAUAAAAUAAUGGUUAUCUUUCAUUCAAACAUGUAGUGCCAUGUCUAAAAUGGGUGAGCAUUUGAUACAUUUUUUUGAUUUGUAUGGUGACAUUCAUAAUAUUCAUGCCGUGAGUUAGUACAAAGGUGUAAAAAAAAUAAAAAAAUUUUAAAUGGAAAGAUCAAUUUGGUGCCAAUAAUUCAAAAACCUCCAAAAUGGCCGACAUAAUUCAAUUUAUUCCUCGGAUUUAACUGAAUCAAUACAUGUCCAAAAAACAAACACAUAUCUGGUCAAAUAUAACUAUAACUACUUAUAAAUAAUGUUUCGCUGUACAUUUCAGGAGUUUAUUUCUAUUUAACAUGGAAGUUAUUUCUUGUCAGUUUAUAGCUUUCAGAGGACCAACCAAAACAAACAAAUUCCAGAAAUUCUUUUAUUAUUAUUUUUUUUUAAAGAUAUACACACAUUUCAAAUUCAAUGUUGAAUUCAACGUGUUGUUGUUGUUGUGUGUGUGUGUGUGUGUCAAGCUGCUACUUAAUUGCAGAUGUGUGGAUGCUUCGCAGCCGUGCGAAGACUCAAUCACGUUAGUAUUUGUUAAUAUUGAUACAAAACAUAAAAUUUUACUACUACUAAAUAUGACUCGACUCCAAACUACCUUUAUUAAGCAGGAUAAACAAUGAUAAAAUCAAGUUUAAACUUUGAAACAUGCACCUUUUUUUUUUCAUUUUCCUUUUCUUGCACCUCGAUGUCCAUGUGGCCUGUCUUUGUAAAACCAGAUUUCAAGUAAAUGUUACAAAAUGCUCCUCAUAAAUCAUUCAGAUUUAUUAGAUUGUCUAUUUUUUUUUCUUUUUAAUUUUAAUUUUUAUUUUUUAAAGAAAGGGAAUAUGCUCAAAAAGUGGCAGUACUUCUAUUUUUAGAUGCAUGAAAAGACAUGAACAAGAUGUAAUUUUUACACUUUUCGUCAAUAAAAGCUUUGUUUUAAUUUUGGAUUGAACAUAGAUAUUUUUCAACAAAUGGAAUCUGACGCGUUAAGAUGAUAGCAGCCAGUGAGCGGUUUUCAAUACUGGUAGCAUUUGUCGCACUCACAGGUGAAAAUAAAGAGUUUGUAUUUUGGCCCAAUUGUUAAAUAAUAAUUGGCUGGUUUAUAUUUGUCUUUCUAUUUCAUGUACAAAAUGAACUACUACUUUGAGGGCAAAACUCUACAAACUGCUGAAACUAUGCAAAUGAUCAAAAAGAGACGAUAUGCUUGCUUUCAGAAAACCUUGCAAUAAAUUGAAUGUAUUCAAAUAAUGUCUUUUUUUUCCCAGAUGCUUUGGAACUCAACACAGUAUUUUGUAUGAUAAAAUAUGUCUUGUUUGGAAUGAAUAUACAGUACAUAAUUUAAUCCGUAAUCCACUUGCCAUUUUAGGUAUUUUCACUGCCAGAAACUCUUGACACUGCUGAGGUGAAACCUGAUAAUCAUCAUUAAGAUCACUGAUCAUGACGAUAAUGAUGAUGAUGCUCGUCAGUCUUGCUCUAUGUCUGAAUAAAGAGCUAAACUAAA